AUGGUACCAACUGAGCUAUAUCCCAACCACAACGAGCGGCUUUCUAACAUUGUCUUGUUAGCGGUCAUGAAUUAUACGGAAAUGGAGGCGAAGGUGCGAGAGGCCACCAACAAUGAACCAUGGGGCGCUUCGUCGACACUGAUGCAAGAAAUUUCCAAUGGCACAUUCAACUACCAAACACUCAACGAAAUUAUGCCCAUGAUCUAUCGCCGAUUCACCGAGAAGGCCGCCGAAGAGUGGCGACAAAUCUACAAGGCGCUGCAACUGCUCGAGUUCCUCAUCAAGCAUGGCUCUGAGCGAGUUGUUGAUGAUGCCCGUGGGCACAUCACUCUUUUGAAGAUGCUGCGACAGUUUCACUACAUCGAUCAGAAUGGCAAGGACCAAGGCCUCAACGUGCGGAAUCGUGCCAAAGAAUUAGCUGAGCUUCUGGGCGACGUUGAGCGUAUCCGAUCUGAGCGGAAGAAAGCCCGGGCUACCAAGAACAAGUAUACCGGUGUCGAAGGUGGCAUGUCCUUUGGAGGAGGCUUCUCCGGCGGAAGCGGAGGUAGAUAUGGCGGAUUCGGGAGUGAAUCGGCAAACUACGGUGGCUACUCCGGUGGCGUCUACGGAGAUGGCGGCGGCUUCGGGGGCCAGCAUGAUGGCUAUCGCGAGUCUGGUGGCGGUGGUGCCAGUGGUGCCGACCGGUCGGAUAGGUUUGAGGAGUAUGACGAGUUCAACGAAGACGAGAGACCAUCGAGAGCCACGCGCAACUCCGGCCAUGCUUCUGCCAAGACGACAGCUGCCGCGCCAGCAAAGAAGAAGGAGCCUGAGGUUGAUCUGUUCUCGUUUGAUGAACCAGUUCAGAGUUCAAGCUCUGCAACCCCAGCUGCGACCCGAAGCCCAGGGUUGGCCGGUUUGGCCGGGCCUUCUAGUGGCAACACCGGUGCAGAAGAUGAUGACGAAUUUGACGACUUCCAAUCUGCAGCACCCGCAAUUCAGCCAAUUGCUCAACCUUUGGCCGCUCCCCUCAUGUCAACCGCUACCUCGACGGCACAAUUCGCCGCCCCCCAACCAGUGUCCGCCCCGAAGACUGCCAAUCUCAGCCAGAUGGUCAGUAGCUCGUCCAUCUCGCCCGCACCCAACCCCAGUGCCGGCGCUGGCGUCAACUACUCUGCCUUUGCAGUCCCAGCGAGUCAAGUCCAGCUCCCUAAGCCGAGUGGCUUUCAACCGACCGGUCCCAAUUAUUACAGUGGUGUUUCAUCUCAAGCACCCAACUCAGCUUCGUCUAGCAUGCCGGCUACGAGCAACACAGCUUCGGCCGGGCCAACAACAAUGGCGAACAUGAAGCCUGUAACCAGUGCCGGGGCCAAGCCAGGCCCUUCCAGCGGUGGUGAUGCAUUUGGUGCUCUCUGGGGCAAGGCUAGCGCUGGUAUCAAGAAGACGGAAAAGUCGAACAGCGGGCCUGCCAUGGGCCAGCUUGCCAGGGAAAAAAGCAGCGCCGGUAUCUGGGGAGCGCCAGCCGUUUCCUCUCAGCCCAGUCCGGCAGCUGGAAAUGGCGGGUCAGCAUCUGGCGAUUUGCUGGGUUAG